GCGAGUCUCUCCGGGAGUUGUAGUUCUUGCGGGCUCUGCUGGGGACGCCGGGAAGGGCCAGUUACUGCGGGGGCCAGGAGCGGCAGUUGGGCUUAGUCAAGGCUGCUGAAACUAUGUCCCGCGUGUCGGUGCCCUGCCAUGUGAAAGGCACCGUGGCCCUGCAGGUGGGCGACGUGCGAACCUCCCAAGGCCGGCCUGGUGUGCUGGUCAUCGAUGUCACCUUCCCCAGCGUCGCGCCCUUCGAGUUACAGGAGAUCAUGUUUAAGAAUUACUACACAGCCUUUCUGAGCAUCCGUGUUCGCCAGCACACCUCAACGCUCACCCCACCCAAAUGGGUGACCUGCCUGCGGGACUACUGCCUCAUGCCAGACCCACACAGUGAGGAGGGAGCCCAGGAGUAUAUAUCAUUGUUUAAGCACCAGGCCUGGGGAGGCAGCAUCUUGGCUCAUUGCUGGUUGGGAGGCUCUUGGGCAGUGAGCUUGGGCCUUGCUGGGUCCUUGUGUGUGUGUGUGUGUGUGUGUGUGUAUCUAUGUCAGAUGCUGUGUGACAUGGCCAGAGUACUGGAGCUGCGCCUGAUUCUUCGACAGCCAUCACCACUGUGGGUGUCUUUCACAGUGGAGGAAUUGCAGAUUUACCAGCAGGGACCAAAGAGCCCCUCCAUGACCUUCCCCAAGUGGCUCUCCCACCCAGUGCCUUGUGAGCAGCCUGCUCCCCUCAUUGAGGGUCUCCCAGACCCCAGCAGGGUAUCCUCCGAGGUGCAGCAGAUGUGGGCGUUGACAGAGAUGAUCCGGGCCAGUCACACCUCCACAAGGAUCGGCCGCUUUGAUGUGGAUGGCUGUUACGACCUGAACUUGCUCUCCUACACUUGAACCGUGGCUGUUGGCCAAGACGUUGGCCUUCCGUGCCCACCCAGACCCGGUUUGGGCCACCAGAGGCUGAAGUGAUUUCUCUGUGCAUUCCGAGUGUUGCCUGCAUGUCCACUGGGUCUGGGCCAUGUUCACAGAUUCAAGAUUCCUGGGGGCUCACUGUGUUGCUUCAGCAUGAGCUCUUGGCAGGGGUGUACCCUGUCCUUAUCCGACUGCAACCCGAAACUCCUUUUACUACUCUAAAAACACUUCAGUUCUACUUACUAACAUUCUCCUUGUGUCCUCUGCUCCUCCGGCCAACAUGCACACUCCAGUCUCCUGCCUGCUGCUUCACCCUGAGUGCACUAGGUUGGGGUGAUCUACUAAGCGUGCUGUCACUAUUGCUGGAAGGCUGCUACAGCCUUUACACUCACUUACUUUGGAAAGGAGGGAAAAAACAGGAGCCCAUUUCUUCUUUCUGCGCCCUCUAGUGGUCUUCUUUCCCUUUGUGUUAUGCCCCUAAGAAGAAAUUUCUGGUCUUCACUCCUGCCCACCUUGGGAGCAAAGCUGGAGAUUUGGGCAGCCUGAACCCCUUGGUCUCUGAGCUGGCUCCUCGAUGUGUGUCCAAAUGGGUCUGCCUAUCCAAGCUGGGCAGAUGCCUCCGGCAAGGCUGAAGUCUUAGAAUGAGUUCUGUGACCUUUGUGCCCAAAGCACAUCCUUGUCCAUUCUCCCAGCUACCCCCUUCCAGGAAUCAUUCUCUAUGAUAAAAGAGAGGUGUGGGUCCGGGUGAGCACUGUCCCUGGUGUCUUUUAAGAGGCUGAGUUCUGCUACAACCCCAUGCCUGCUGCUGAAUAAGGCAGGCUGCCCUUACGAGAAAAACUUCCUUUUCCAUUUUUUCCUGUCUUUGCCCCCAGGGGCUAUGAUGCAGCAGUACUGUUACUUGUGCUAGACCUGGAAAGUUGGACAUUUGUGUGGCUCAACAGCUUUCUGGAGGAAGAUCAAACCCCUUCUGGUGGCCACUCUCUGCUCUUAACCAGAAUUCUUGCAGGUGUUGCCUGCAGGGUGAUAUACUUAGCCCUGUUCAGCUUUUGCUAAGAGGGUAAUGACCACAAUCCUGUGCUCAGGGAGUAGCAGCCCUCAGAGAGAGUGCAUGUGUGAGAUUGAGAGAGAGAGAGAGUGUGUGUGUGUGUGUGUGUGUGUGUCUCUAAGAGAGAGUGGGUGGGGAGGUCCCUAGGGAUAUAGUGUGUAAGAGUGUGGGGAGGUCCCUGGGGUUGGUGGCAGGGACUGCACUUCAUUGAUACCCAGCACAGGCCCUAAUGUGCAGCAAGAUCAAUAAAUACUUGUGGAAUGCGUGA